GGGCGUCUCCUCGAUUCGCGCGUCGCGACGCCGCGGUCCCGGCGACCCGAGUGCUGCAGGUCGCGCAGGUGGAGCCGCACCUGUCCGCCCCCUGCGCCAAGGCCCCGGGAUGUCCUACAGGAGCUACGGCAUUUCCGGGAUCGGCUACCGAUCGGCUGCCGUUGGAUUGGGGACGGGAGGAGCAGCUUCCACCUACAGGAACAGCGGCUUCGUCGGCAGCACUUCCAGGCCCACCAGCAGGGAUCGGUCCAUCGGCGCUGGACUCACCACGUACGGAUCCCGACUCGCGAAGACCGAGAGAGAUCGACUCGCCGAGUCCAGAUCGACCUACAGACCUUCCGAGGUCUCGAGCUCAAGAGACUCGGAGAGGAGCUCGUCUCUGGGUCGACGAGGGUCCACGGAUGAGAUCAGCCUGGAUGGCUCGACGUCCAGCUCGAGCAGGACCCCAUUGCUGGAGAAACGGUCCUUCAGGGACCCAGGGAACGGGAAAACUUCGGAGCGAUCUUCCUCCCUUCUGGGAAGAUACUCUCGAGGUGUAUCCCGGGACGAGAAGCCCUCGGAAACCGAAUCCACGGCGAGGGACCGAGGAAGUAGAUUCGGCUCAUCCACGUAUCCAGGGUCGCGUCCUGGGAGGUCCUUCGGGAGCGAGGAGCGCCUAGAGAGGAAAGACAGACAGGAUAGCUCGAUACCUCGUCAGAGAACGACCAGGGCGUUUUCUGGGAAGAAUUCGAGAGAUCCCAGUCCGGAGGAGGACGUCAAGCCGUCGAAGUGGGCCUCGUCCCUGGGUACCUACUCCAGGAUCUCCUCCUUGGCGAACAGGAACGCGUCCCUAAGCACUCGAGACUCCAGCCUGACACCGUCUUCGUCCUCCUCUUCGAGGUAUGGCGCACCCAGCUCCAAGUUCUCGGGGUCGUACCCGAGCUCGCAGCGGUUCCGAGCAAGCAGUGGAGAACGGGCGCUUAAAGAGGACGAUCGAAACGGGAAGACGACCUCCACGAGCGACGGACCUCCGGGGAGCAGGAUUAAGGAGAGCCCGGCGAAGUCCUCGGGAAACGAGAGCAGAAGAGUGGAAAACGAUCCGGAAGGAAAUUGCGGCAUUACGAUGGUGACCAUGGUGACGCGGGGGACGUCUCCUACUCCUCCCACCACCACGACGUACGUCAGGUCAGGCCGGACCGACGCCAUCAAGGUGGUUCAGAAAGAGGUGAACGGUUCCCGGGCGAAGCUGGAGACCAAAGACGAGGAGAUACAGGCCGAUCGUGUCGAGGACGCUCCUAAGUUCCCCAGAUAUGUCAAUGGGGCCGAGAGUAACGUUGGUUCCACUGGAGGGAGAACCUUCCCCGGGACAGCCUGGAGUUCCUACCGAGACAAGUACUCCUCGCCCAGCAGCGGCAACGUCGGGUACUCGUCCAGGGGAUACAACUCCACCUCUUCGAGGAUCGGAGCCUUUGGUUUCGCAAGGCCCAACGAGAGCGCCCUCGGGAACCACCACGAGGAGACAGCAAAUUCAGGGAAUUCUAGUCAAAGAACGCCGCCGAGAGACGCGAGGUCCAGAAGCGGCUCCGAGGGGAGGCCUUGCGUUCGACAGAGCCUCGUUUCGAGGUCGCCGGACCAGAGGCGACCUCGAGGAGAGGACAUUUCGCCAGCCUCCAGCGAGGGCUCGCGGUCCAGGAUCCGGAACCAGGCCAGGACCAAGACGCAGAGUCCUGAGAAGCCACGGGCCAACGACACGGCGCGCGAAUCCUCCUGCGAGCAGAAUUCUAGUCAGAGGACGUCGUCGAGGAGCAGCUCCGAGGGCAGACCUUGCGCGCGGCAGAUAGGGUCGGUCUCGAGGUCUCCGGACCAGAGGCGACCUCGAGCCGAGGAGGGGACCGUCACCUUGCCAGCCUCGAGGAGAACUGCUGUAUCUAAUUCCGAGGGUCGAAGGUCGCCGACUAGCGAGGACGACGCCUCGAGGUCGAAGGUGGAGUCGAACGUUCCCUCUUCGAGAGCCUCUUCCAGGCCUUCUUCAAGGUCCGAGGCGGAGGAUGGCACCCGUUCUCCAGGGCGGAUUCCGAAUUCUAGUCCCGCAUCCCGCCGACAAUCACCCGGAGAGAGUCCCACCGGUCUCCGGAAGCCAGGAAGUGGGACUUCGAGAAAGACCCCGACGUCAGAGGCAGAGGACUCUUCGAGGUCCUUGCCGCCUCGCCAGGCGAGGUCCGGCGAGGUCGCGACGAAGUCCCCCUCGCCGGCGGCGAGUCUUGGUACGAAAAUCCGAACACCGACCCCGUCGCCGACGCCGCCAUCUCCGCCGUCGACGUCAAGGCGGCGUCGCGACGGCCAGGGCACCUUAGGGUGCACGAGGCAGGGCGCUUCGCCCGACGCGGCGCUCGGCAAGCCGCCGGUGCCGAGAAACGACGCAGCAGUGAAUGCGAAGGGCCUGGGGCCGAUCUGCAAGUACGUCAACAAGGACUUUCGGAAGUCGGUCCUGAAUAUGGAGAGCGGCGCCGAGGUCGCGCGUGCCCAGAAGUGGACAGCUCGAAGAAGCGCCUCGGCGAGCUCGCAGGACUCCGAGGUGGGCUCGGAGCCGGCGCCCUCGGCCAGGUCCCUGGGCUCAAGGUCCGGGACCUCGACCUCCAGCUCGAGGCCUGCAACCGCCUCUUCUAGGUCCGCGGAGUCCCCUCCUUGCGCCGAGCCACGCGUCGCGACACCGGUGACGUCGCGUUUGGACGCCUCCCAGAAGUCCUCUUCGGCUUCUGGGAGGAGAAGGGGACCCUCGACCUCGCCGAGUCGCAGACCGAAGAGCGACGACGAGUCCAGUGGUACCACGUCAUCGAGUGGCGAGGAGGACGGCGAGGGCAUCGUCGCCGACGCCGAAGUCGCGAAUAGGUCCAGGGGCAGCCCCAGACGACGCAGGAGGAGGACCUCGGGCUCUCCGGUUCAAGGUCGAGAGGGCAGGAGCAGCGACGGGUCUUCCAGGGCCAGCCUGCAGGCGUCUUCGGCGGACGAGCUGCCCCUGACCUCGGAUCGGCCCCCGAGGCCGCCGUCGAGUCCCAGGUCGAGGCGCGAGCGAUGCAGGAAGACCGAGGAGGCCAAGUCCUUCCUGGCGAGGGCCCUGGCUCCCGUGGCCACCCUCUUCAAGAGCAGACAGCAGGACCUCGAGGAGUCGCCCAAGGACGCAGUGAUCGGGUCGGUCUCCAGAGGUCCAUCCCGGAACCCCAGUCGGGGCAGCUCGGCGGAUGGCGGCGAGGAUGGCAGGAGACGCGUCGCUCCUGGUGCCAGGAUCGACGGGAAUGGCUGGGUCGACAACGGAAUUCGGUCCAGCUGCGAGAAGACCGACCGGGGCUGGGUGGACUCCGAGUCGGACUGCGGUCCAGAAGCCGUCGGCUGCAACGACGACGUCAGUCAGGACACCACGAUCAGCGCGGCGCUGCCGGACGACGGAAAGUAUAAGUUUAGAGUGUGGCGUCAGGACUCGGGAGAGAAGGCCUGGUGGCUCGAGGGAGGCGAGGACGGGUCCGGCGCCGACGCCAGGAGCCGGGACGCCGAGGAGGAGAGGAGCCGCCCGGACAGGACCUCGGCGUCGCCGUCCAGGAGAGAGACCAUGGCGGGGGGCCUCAACGAGGCCAGGACUCGCAUUCGACACCAGCAGUCCGGGGAGCGAGCCUGGUGGAUGAGCGAGGACCCGGACAGCGUGCCCGAGGGGGUCGAGGUCAUCCCAGUGGCGAGGCCGUCCCCGAAGAGGACGACGCCGAGUCCUGGCACUCCAGGACCCGAGGCCGAAGACCGGCCCAGAACCCUGGGGGUCCGUCGAUUCGACUCGGGGGAGAAACCCUGGUGGCUGGACAGCUCGUCCAACGUCCCCGACGGGGUCGAGAGGAUACCCGUUGAGGAGAGCUCUCGCAGUGACUCCGCGUCGUCGGAGUCCUUGGAGAGGGUCGACAUCGAGAGACUCGGCACCAGCCUCGCCCCCCCAGCCGAGGAACCUCUAGGGGACAGGGCCAGCCCCGAAGGGAUCGAGAACCCUCCGGACCCGCCCGACACCGAUUAUCGAGCCAGGGAGUCGUCCUACGACGACUCGAGGUCCUCGAUGAAGUUGCCGCCGAGGAGGCCGCCGCCUAGGAAGAGGCCCACGAACCUCCCUCUCUUCAUCGGGGAGAGGAGGGACAUCGACGACCUCUUGGGCGAGGUCAAGGAGCCCACCCGCGGCCCGGUUACCUCGCGACUCUUCGGAAAGGAGUCCUCCGAGGAGAGCUCGGAGUGCGAGGAGAUCGACGCGACCCAGGUGAUCGUCCACGACGGCAGGGCCAGGACGCCGGUGAUUCAGCGAAGGAUCGGGGACGCCGACGGGACUCGGCCCGAUGGCUACAUUCCCCUCGAUGACACGGCACUUCAGCUCUAUAAGGAUGGCGAUUACGGGGCGUACCUGGACCUCGAGGCGUCCAUCAGCGAGCAGCAGGAGGAGUUCGAGGGGUUCCAGACCAACCGGAAAAACUCCAUCGUGCUGCGGACCCAGCUCUCGGUACGCGUCCACACCAUCAUCGAAAAGUUGCUCAACAGCGAGGGCCGCGAGCUGCGCAGGGCGCUCUUCUCCCUGAAGCAGAUCUUCCAGGAGGAUAAGGACCUGGUCCACGAGUUCGUGCAGAAUGAUGGUCUGGCGUGUCUCAUCAAGGUCGGCAGCGAGGCCGACCAAAACUACCAAAACUACAUUCUACGAGCCCUCGGUCAGGUGAUGCUCUACGUAGACGGGAUGAACGGGGUGAUGGAGCACGGCCAGACGGUCCAGUGGCUGUACACCCUGAUCGCCAGUCGCUUCCGCCUGGUGGUGAAGACCGCCCUGAAGCUGCUGCUGGUCUUCGUCGAGUACGUCGAGACGAACAGUCUGCUGCUGGUCAGGGCCGUCAGGUCGGUAGACACGUCCAGGGGCAUGAUCCCCUGGACCAACGUAAUGAAGCUCCUGAAGGACUACGACGCGGCCGACACGGAGCUCCUGAUAUACGCGACCACCCUGGUGAACAAGUGCCUGAACGGCAUCCCCGACCAGGACACCUACUACGACCAGGUGGACUGCCUAGAGGAGCAGGGCAUCGAGGGCAUCGUCCAGAGGUACAUGUCCAAACAGGGCACCGACCUGGACCUCCUGAGGCAGUUCCAGAUUUAUGAGGCGGUGCUGCACCACGAGGACGGCAACGACCGGGGCUCGCCUAUCAGGCAGCUCGACGACAACAUCAGGAAGACGCUGAGGAACCGGAAGUCCCUGGUGGACAGCCACGAGCGACGGAAGUCCCGAAGACACUCGACCGGAACCUCGCCGCUCUCGAUGACGCUGAACGCCCGCUCGAGCCCCAGGCUGAACCACUCUCUGGGUUUGAGUUCCUUGGACAGCACGAUGAACUCGAGCCUACCCGACGACGACGACGAGUCCAGCAGCUCCCAGAGCUCCCAGGGCCUGGACGUGCAGCUCAACGGCAGCUACAAGGAGAACAAAGUGGACGUCGGCGUAACUCCGGCGCUGAGACGACGCCGGGAACGGGCCGAAAGACAGAGGAGCUUCAUCAGGGAGCAGCAGGAAGCCACGGCGAGCAUGAGAGCAUCGGUCGGGAACUCGGACGAUCAGGAGAGCCCAUUUCCGACGAACGGGCUCCGCUACUCGAACGGUUCUCCAUACGAGCGGGGCUCGGAGUCGCCGUCGAACCGGCUGGCCAGGGGGACCAGCAGGAAGGAUUUGACACCCUUGAUGAACGCGGCGAACAAGCUUGACUCGGAGGAAAAGAAGCCCAGGUACGGGAAGAGCCCGGACGAGGGGGUCGAGUGCGACGAGGGCAACCGAACCGACGAGGACGAGGACCGCAGGGUGAUGCUGCAGCUUAAGAGGGAGGGCACCGUCAAAGACCUGACGCAAAAGCUGGCGGCGCAGAACCUGAUACCCAGCAGCCCCGUCGAGGACAAGGUCUCAAGGAUAGGCGACAUGAGCGGCCUCAUCUCGAAAGCCAAAGAGGGUCUGGCGAAGUCCAAGUCGAAGGCCGACGUCCUGAAGUCGCCCACGGGGGACAGCCUGCCGAAGCUCGCCGAGGCGAAGAAGUCGGAGAACGAGCUCCACUGGGAGGAGCUGGCGAAGAGGCUGAAGAGGCCGCUGGCCCUCUGCGACCUGGAUUUCACGGACCUCGACUCGGAGGACGAGGUCGACGUCCUGAGCCCGGUGCACGUAGCUAACGGGGUGCCGCCACCGCCGCCACCCAUGGUCCCACCCAUGAUGGGUGGCCGGGCCCCACCCCCGCCGCCCCCGGGAAACCGAUUUCCACCACCUCUGCCCUACGGGCCCCAGGGCUUCGGGGCCGGUCUCAAGGCCGUCAAACCUCCACCCUCCCCCUUCGGCGACUCCCCGAAGAACCCCUCCCAACCGCCCAAGAAGAGCAAGAAGACCGUCAAGCUCUUCUGGAAGGAGGUAAGGGACGACCCCAUCAUCCUCUCUCGACUGGACAAGAACAAGAUGAUCUGGGACGAGCUCUCCCCCGUGCCCGUCGACACCCAGAAGCUGGAGCACCUCUUCGAGAGCCGCGCCAAGGACCUCAUCACCAAGCAGAAGCAGCAGGAGAUGAACAAGAACAAGGAGAUCAUCGUCCUGGACCACAAGAGGUCGAACGCCAUCAACAUCGGGAUGACCAAGCUCCCUCCACCUAGGUCCAUCAAGACGGCCAUCCUGAAGAUGGACGCCACUAUCAUGAACAGAGAGGGCAUCGAGAAACUCCUGACGAUGCUGCCGACCGAGGAGGAGAGGUCCAGGAUACAAGAGGCGCAGGCCGCCAACCCUGACCUUCCCCUGGGAUCCGCGGAGCAGUUCCUGCUCACCCUGGCCUCCAUCUCGGAGCUGCCGGCCAGGUUGAAGCUCUGGGCCUUCAAGCUCGACUUCGAGAACUCGGAGAAGGAAAUCGCGGACCCGCUGAUGGACCUCAAACAGGGGAUGGAGACGCUGAGGGUGAACAAGACCUUCCGAGGGAUUCUCAGCACGCUCCUCUCGAUCGGGAUAUUCCUCAAUGGGAACGAGGUAAAAGGCUUUCAGCUGGAGUACCUCGCCAAAGUGCCCGAAGUCAAGGACACCGUGCACAAGCACUCCUUGCUGCACCAUCUCUGCCACAUGGUCAUGGAAAAGUUUCCGGACUCCACGGACUUGUACUCCGAGAUAGGAGCCGUCACCAGGGCGUCGAAGGUCGACUUCGACGAGCUCGCCGCCAAUAUCGGAAAACUCGAGAGCGAGUGCAAGGCGUCAUGGGAUCACCUGAAAUUGAUUGCCAAGCACGACGGGUCUACCAUGAUGAAGGUCAAGAUGUCCGACUUCCUGGCCGACUGCGCCGAGAGGAUCAUCGUCCUCGGGAUAGUUCACCGGCGCAUAAUAAAUCGCUUCCACAAAUUCGUCCUCUGGCUCGGGAUACCGCUCCACCGGCUGCAGGACACCAAGCCGAACGAGUUCUGCAGGAUCAUCUCCGAGUUCGCCCUCGAGUACAGGACCACGAGGGAGAGGGUUAUCCAGCAGCUGGAGAAGAAGGCGAAUCACAGAGAGAGGAACAAGACCAGGGGGAAGAUGAUCACGGAGGUCGGCAAGUUCAGGACCAAGGAGGACCGAGCCGACGCGGAGCUCAGACAACUCCUGGGAAGUGACAUCUCCGACGUCGAGAGCAUCCACGGCACGUUGCCUUGGAGAAGGCAGAGAAAGGACGGGCGCACCGCGUUGGGGCCGCUCCUCAGGGACGAGUCGGUCAACGGGAACCUGACCGACGGGGACGACGAGCUGCUGGAGUCGCUCGUCAAGACGGCCACCAAGUCCCCCGGGACCAGGACCACCCCCAGGGAACGCAAAAGGACUCGACACGCCGACCUGAAGCGAUCCCGCACCCGCGAGAACAACACCACGCCGGAGGGUUACCUACCCUGAAGAGGGCCAACCCCGUGUCCUCUGCGAUGAAGUGCGUAGAACCCUGAAGAAUGGACUCUCCGAGGAGGAGAGGAAACACAUCGCCGCCUACAUCAAGGGCUACUGACUGUGAUAAUAGCCGGCACCUGCUUAUUCGGCGUCGGCGGAGCACCGGAAGAGGGGCCACGGCGAGAGCGGAAGCCGCCGUCGGCCGGAAACCAGGGAUAGGGAGCCUCGAAUGUCGGAUGACAUUCGAGAGUCCUGGAUCCUGGGCCCAGGACUCUCGGGAGAAUCUCCGAACCGAGCCUUCAUCGGAGGAAGACCUAGCCGAACGCUGAUAAGAGGGCGCGACGAUCCACGGGGUGAGACGCGGUGCCUGGGUAGAGAGAUUACGGAGUAAAGUCGGCAUUUGCAAUUGAUACGCACGGAGAGACGUAUAAAUAUAGGUGUAAGUGUAAUUAUAGAGACGGACGCAUGCGCAUAGGGCACAGGCACGGCGCUCGCUGGGAGGAUCGUCGAGUCCUCGGCAGAGGGGAGGAUAAGUGUCUUAAAAGCUUAGUCGUAAUCCGUCUUGCCCGUGAGAUGUAGGUACACGCUGUUCCGUACCAACGUACACACCCGUGAUAAGUGAAUGCAUCGAAUAAAGGACGUAAGAUCACGAA